GCCACAGCAGUGAGGGGGGAAGGACACACGCACAUUUAUAAACGAAGUACAUUGUUCCAAAUUUGGCUAUAAUCCGGAGGUGGCGUCUAUCCAGGUCCGCACCCUGUCCGACUGCUUUCGACUUUCUUUUUCUCCGCGGUACUUUCCAGAGGGGUAAGGAGCCAUGACCAGUACAUUACAAGUUCCUCUUCAUGGGGUUUCAGUCAAAAUUGUGAGACAAAAUGCAGGUGAUUUGUGUGAAGUCCUUCAAAGCAAAUUUGGAUGUACGGUCAUCAUCGACGGGGUGGAUUCGGCUGAUGAUUUCAGCAGUGCACAGCAGAAAAAGCCAGCCGAUGAAGACCAGCCAAGGUUUGCUUUUAAGCUGGAUGCAGGUGUUCAGGUGUCUGUGUGGAAGGCUGAUCUCACCCGUUUUGAAGCAGAUGCUGUUGUGAAUGCUGCCAAUACCAAGCUUCAGCAUUGGGGUGGCCUUGCAUUGGCUCUGUCUAAAGCUGGGGGUCCAGAUAUCCAGAGAGAGAGCGAAAGUUACAUCGGAAAGAAUGGUGACUUGAAUACAGGAGAUGCAAUUGUCACCAGUGCUGGGUGGUUACCAUGCAAGUUCAUUAUUCAUGCUGUGGGUCCUGACCUAAAUGACUCCUCCACUCCUAAUGUUAACCGGGCUGAACCGCUGUUGAAGAAGACCAUCCGGAGCAUUCUUAACAAAGUGAGUGAGAAGCGUCUGCAGUCUGUUGCUAUUCCCGCCAUAAGCUCUGGAAUUUUCAACUACCCUCUGCCUCAGUGUGCCGACGCCAUCGUGUCAGCUGUGAAAGAAUACUAUAAAAGCCCUAACAAACAUCUUCCUAAAGAGAUCUUUCUGGUAAACCAUGACGAGCCUUCAGUCCGGGAGAUGACCAGGGCCUGCAAACCGAAUUUCAUGAGUUACAGUCAGGCUGCAGGAAGUCAAGUCAGAGAAGAUGCCAAAACGUCAACACACUCUCUCCAGAUUGGAAAAGUCCGUCUGAUGCUGAAGAAGGGAAACAUUGAGCAUGAGCAGACAGAUGUCAUCGUGAACACUGCAUCAACAACAAAAGACCUGAACUCUGGUUGCAUCUCCAUGGCUCUACUGAAGAAAGCGGGUGAUCAAAUGCAAACAGAAAUAUAUCGUACUUCUCCGGUUGGCCGUGUCAUCAUUACAAAUGCCUACCAGCUCCAGUGUAAAAAUGUUUUCCAUACCUUUUUGCGCUGGGAGGCCGGGUGGUGGAUGGGAGCAAGCAACCCUGAUCAGAUUCUUUUUGAGUCAGUACGUGAUUGCUUACGUUUGGCAGUCCAAUAUCAACACAAGUCAAUCGCCUUUCCUGCCAUCGGAACCGGAAGCUUGAGGAUUGACAAAACAGUUGUUGCACAGGUCAUGUUGCAUGCAGUGGCUGAGUUUGCCCGGAUGUGCCAAGCGACAUUGGAAGUUCAUGUUGUCAUAUUUCCUGCUGACCGGGACACAUUUUGGGCCUUUGAAAAUCAGAUGAGAAAUCUCCAGAAACUAGAAUUUCCUCCCAGCACUGAACAUGCGUUUGGCAAGCGAGAUGAAUUCCAGGGCUUCAAGGCUGCAUCUCCACAGAUAAGCCUGAUGGGGGGCUCAGAAGAAGCAACGCGCGAGGCCGAGCGAUGGCUCCAGAACCUUUUCUUUAAAACCUUUAGCCCUGUCGUCAUCCACAACAACUUCAUCCAACAAUUUGGGGAGCGAGAAGAUCAGCAACUUUCUCCCCUGGUGAAAAAGGGCGUCUCCUUCGAGGAGCAUUUUAAGGAUGGUCGUGCAAGCAUCGUUGUGAAAGGGCAUUCGGAUGAAGAUGUUGCAGUUGCCAGGUUAAAGGUUGAGGCCAUUCUCUGCAAAAUACAAGAGAAGUUUGUAAAGAGGAAACGCAGGAAAUAAGGAAAGUUGAUCCAGAAAACGUAUUUUGGAGAAAACACAUUGACAGAGCCCGAAAGCCAGGAGUUCAAAGAAAAAAGUUUUUUGUUCAUGGAUAAGAAACUGAGGAUUUCAAAGGUGGUGAAAGUGGAGAAAGUUGAGAACCCAGCACUGGAGACCAUCUUUGAAAUGAAGAAAAAACUGCUCAACUGCUCCACAUCUCGUACAAUGUUUCAAUGCAUGCCCGCACAGUUCCUCGAGCUGGUCAGUCGUAUCGGAUUCCACGCGUGUGUCGCUCCACCUGAAGACCCCAUACUCGGACAGGGCAUCUACUUUGCAGGCACGGUGGAAAAGGCCAUGGACAUGUGGAAGACGCCGAACGAAGAGUAUGUCUACUUUGUGGAGGCUGAAGUGCUGACAGGAUCGUUCACCUCCGGUAAACGAGAUCUCAUUCUGCCACCUGUGGGAAAAGAUCCAAAGCUGUACGACAGUGUGAGCAACAGAACUGAUAUCGCUGUCAUAUUCAGUGGAUAUCAAGCUCUGCCGACGUACAUCAUCACCUGUAGGGUGAACUGAAAAGGGAUUCAUAGUUUUGUGUAUUACAUGGCAAUCAGAGAAAUGUGGUAAUGAACACAAGGUACUUUCACACACACUAUAUUCUGAAUGAAUUCAAAUCCAUGAGAUAUGUAUUGCUCGCUCUUGAAGGCGUGGGAUGACAAUCAGAAACAAUGUAACUGAGAAGUCACAGAUCGAUGCCAGGUGCGUUUUUCUUAAAAGGUUGACAUUGCAUAUCUGCAUUUUGAGAAAGAUGUGAGUUUUGAGGGGGUUUACUUUACUAUAACUGUCUGUCAUGUUAUUUGAAAUAGCUGCACAAUGAGCAUGUUAAUCGAAAUACAACCGCUUGAUUGCAGGAUUAUUGUACUUUUAGAAGUGGUGCAAGUCGUUGUUUGCAGACAGCAUAUUGUAGAUAUGAUACAUGAAACACUGUAAGAGCUUCAUGUAGCUAUGCAUCAAAAGGGGUUGAAGUUAGUUUUAAUGAGAUAUACAGUUGUGUCUCAUACAACAGGUGACAGGCUUUUAGUCAGCAGCAGGUAUGAUAGGUGAAUCACAGCUUAACCACAAUCACUUGGUUGUAACUAAAUUGUUAAAAUGUUAGAAAAAGAAGUGCUUAAUUGUGUUUGAUGCUGAUAUAAAAAAUAAACUAUGUAAAAAGUUGAA